CAGAGUUAUUUCACAGUACCAAUCAAAAUGAUAGAAAAUUUUAAUGAUUAUGCAGAACGAAAAGUGAAAAAUGAGUUUAAAUAUCUCAAAGAUUCCAUUAUGAUUGAUGAAGUAGGAUUACAUAUAAAUCUUAUUUAUUUGAGAUUAAAAGCAGUCGAGUCUGAGCUAAGAGAUAGAAAGGCAAAAUGUAAGCGUGAAUUACCAGAAUUUGAGACUGAUAAUAGCGAUGCAUUAGAUGAGAUAGAAUCUCGAAGCUUUGCUUCCUCAAAUUGUUCUGAUAUUUUACUCGACGUUGUUGCAGUAAAAAAGAUACAUGACAUUAUGUCGAAAACAGAAAAAGUCUCAGCUGCUAAUCUUAAAAACCUCGCAUAUAAUAUUCUGAAAAACUUCAACGACGAUGUGGUAAAAAAUAAGACUUUUCCUGAGUUGGCCAACUGCACAGAAUGUGAUAAGAAGAUUUUUGCCCGACCUAAUAAAACAUUUACAACGCUAUUAUGUGGCUACAUAUAUCAUAGAAUCUGUAUUGAGAAGAAACUUUUACUUAGCAAGCAACUAACGUGCCCAACCCUCAAGUGUGGAAAAAGCGUUGAAAUUCUUGAGGAGUUCACUGAGCUCGAUUCUCAAUCCAGUACUUCGUCAAUAGUUGGGAAGAUGGGAAAACAACUUACUAUCCAAUCUCAGAAAAUUAUUGAUGAGGAGAUGCCGGAUGUAGAUAACGGAGAGAAUAAAGAUAAAGUUAAUUCGAAGGGAAUAGGUGCCGAUAUAACGGAGGGGGCCCAAAAAAGACCUAUUGAAGUUACUAGUGAAGAGACAUCUACGAUGGUAGAUAAAUCGCCUAGUAAGAAAGCAAAGAAGGAGGUAAAACCGGUUGAUAGAGAAAAAUCGGUGAACCUGAAAAAACUUAUUGAUGAAUUGUUGUCUAAAUAUCAUCCCACACAAAUUGUCGAAAUUGCCGAAGUGAAUGUACCAGGAGGGGAUAGCACUAAUUUUCUAUACUUUUUUAGAAAAAUCGAUUACGCUGAAUCUAAAAAUGAGGUUACGAACCGAGAUGUUAUCAGUAGUUAUUUUGAUCUUGGUGAUGCCCUAUAUAAACGAUAUAAAGAGUAUAAAAAGGAUAACGGUAAAGAAGCAUCCAAUGCACUGGUUUUUGAUGAUGUUAGAAACCAAAUUUCUGAAGUAAGCGAUGGUGCUUUGCGGAAGAGAAUGGAAAGGGCUCGGAAAAUAUAUAAACUUUUCACUACUAUUGUUAACGGUGAUGAGAAAUUGGCGAAACAAAAAAUAGCAUUAAUUAGAUCAUUUUCGUUGCGAUCUAUUACAAACUUAAACCAAGGUGACAUAGAUUUUGUGAUUGUAAAAUGUUUGAGAGGGAAUAAAGAUGCAAAGUGA